CCAGGCUGUUGUAAAGUCGGUACCUAGGUGCUUACGCAUCACAGAGCCUCGAUGGUUUGGGAUAGGUAUGCUCGUUCUCUAGGUACCUAACAAUUGCAAGGUACCUGGAUAGAUUCACAAGCGAAGGGCGUACCUACUAAUCAUUAAUCAAGAAAUGAGGCGUCCGCGCGAUUCCAUCAAAGAGAGGCUAGAAAUGCCUAGAGGCUUUAAUAAGAUGACAGGCUGCUUUAGUGCUGACGAGCUGAGCCUGCGGCAAAUGCGGUAUCCGAUUUUGGUACGAAACGAUCAGCCGCACGCAGAAUGAGACCAUUGCGCCAUCUUAUUAGUUAGGCUAAUGGGGACUUUUGGGGGCCGUCUCUCCAUCGUCCGGGGUGCGUCUGUCAUCAUGGAAUAUAACUUGCGAUGUCCCGGCGUAGAACCUUCGGGCUUGAAUUUCGCUGAACGGUUUUUGUCUCUGUUUUCGGAUUUGCAGUCGCGUCAAUAUGUCGCUGCAGCGCUCCGCUACUACGCGGAAAGCCCCGUCGGGGCCUGCGAGGAGGAAGAAAGAUUAUGGUAUCGUUCAGCAGGGGAUCAAAGAGCUUUACCCGCUUGAUAAGCAAAAUAUCGAGCCGGAAAUAGAUAUCGUUUUCGUACCCGGCCUGGGCGCUCACCCGGAGGAUAGCUGGAAGUCCGAGAGCACCGGCUUUAACUGGACUACAGAUGGAUUAGUUAGGGACUUCCCACGAGCGCGCAUCUUAUUAUACAUGUACGAAUCAGCAUGGACCGGAUCUCUCAAAGUGAAGCAGUUUAUGAGUAAUAUCGCAAUGACCUUGCUCAACGGGCUGAAGAGCAAGAGAGAGGACCGUAUACAACGGCGUCCCAUUGUCUUUAUUGGGCAUAGUAUGGGUGGCCUUGUAAUUGCGAAAGCAAUAACAAUUGCUGACUCUCGACGGGAUAAAUUCCCCGUCAUGUUCGAAGCCAUCGCGGCUGCUAUCUUCUUCGGGACACCGUUCAAUGGAGCAGCCGCCGCCUCUGCGGCAGCUAUGUACGCAUACUAUGCUGAGAAGAUCGGCACGGCUUACUCUUCCAAACUGUUAGAUUUGAUGAAGCCUGGAGAUGAGGGACUUCGAGAGCUUAGGCACGAAUUCAUGCGCCUCGUAGGGAAGUUGAAUCCCAAGAUCGAAUUGCUAUGUUUUUAUGAAGAGCAACCGACCGAUUUCUCAAAGAUGGCAGGCCUGCCUAGCCUCUUCGGAUUGAGUAAACACGCGAUUCCGAAAUCAUUCGCCGAUUUCGUUACGCGAGACUCUGCGACGCUUCCUGGUGUCGACGAACAAGGCUUAGCAGCGAACCAUCGAGAUCUUGUCAAGUUCGAUGGGCCGAAGGACGACAUGUGGAACCAGUUUGUCAAGGACCCUUUGAAGAAAAUAAUCCAUGGCGCACAAUUAGCAGUCAAAAAUCGGCUGAAUUCUGUUCGCGACAUCGACCGGUCAAUGAUAAACGGUAUUAUGGAAGUUCUGGAUGGCGCGCAAGUUUCCAAGAAACGCAGGGCUUUAGCACAGACAUUUGCGCCAUCUUCUUGGAUUACGAAGGAAGCUGAGUAUAAGGAAUGGCUAUACAACCAUGGACCGAAUGAUGAGGAACGUGUGGUCCGUAGCGCCGAGUGCUUAUGGAUACGGGGACCAGAAGGCAGAGGAAAGACCAGUGCGUCCUUAGCUGCCGUUGAGGAGAUCGAGAGGAUCAGCGAGAAAGACACCAGCCAAGGGCCAGUUCUACUUGCAUAUUUCUUCUGCGACCCAGCGGCAGAUUAUUCUACAGCCGAGGACCUUCUUAAGAGCCUCAUCACGCAGCUGAUCAACCAACAGGAAAUCCUUGCCUCUUACGCGAAAUCGUUCGCCAAGAAGAAGGGUGAAGAAAAUCAGUCACGAGCGCGGGUGACUGUAGAAAACCUGUGGCAAACUCUUCAAGAUAUGCUUACAGACGACUUCAUCGGCAGUAAAGUUAUCUUCGUUUUGAAUAACUUGCAUGUGCUCCCCGAAGAUUGGGAUUCUACCAUCAAGUUGAUGGGGUACUUGAAAGAGGAAUUGAAGAACGGUACCAAUGGCUCAAACGCGAAGCGGGUCCCGACUAGAUGGAUGAUCACGAGCAGAGAAGCCCAUAACAUCGGAGAAGCGCUGAGUACCGAGGGUGUCCGCCUUAUCGAUCUCGAGGACGAGAAGUAUGGCGACCAAGUCCAAACAGCCCUACGAAAACGUGCGAAGGAGCGAGUUGCGACGCUCGAAAAGGAGAAGAAUUACAACAAGGCACUUGCGUAUUUCGCGAGCAGCCUUAUUGGGAAGCGCGCGCAAAAUACACAAUGGAUUGAUAUUACAUGCAUUCAACUCCAAGAACUCCCGCAGGCUGAAAGCGACCUGAAAGUUCGGCGGGUACUCGAAAAGAUGCCUCAAGAUCUAACGACGCUUUUGACUAACGCAUGGUUCCAAAUCUUGAAGGCCAACGAGGUGGAUGUCGAGAAAAUCAAGGAGAUGUUGCGAGCCCUUGUUCUCACAUACGAAGAUCCUACUGAAGCAGAACUGGGUGUGCUCGCCGGCUUUUCCUCGAACGAUAAGGAGAAAGCUGAACUCCGAAAAUUCGUAGAAAAGUGCAAGCCCCUUUUAGUUAUCAGACGAACGAACAAUACGAUUAGCUUCAUGAACGUCGUCGUCAAGACACAUCUGCUAGAGAAUGCUAAUCAACUGCUCGGGAUGUCGGAUGAAGAAAAGAAGUGGCAGCACGGUGUCCUCGCGCUCCGGUCAUUCUCACAUGUGAACGACAGCUUUGACUUUCCUGUCGCGGAGAAGCCACAAGGGAAUGAAGAGGAUGUAAAUGAAGAAUCUCAUGAUGAAGAUGACGAGACCAGCCAAGACGAGGAUAGUGAUGACGAGGAGGAGGAGGAGGACGAUGACGACGACGACGACGAAGACAGUAACAGCGAAUGGUCAAGUGAAGAUGACUCAGUGGAAGAGGAUCCCGAGGCUGACAUCCUUCGUGACAAAGCUCUUCCAUAUACGGUCAAGUAUUGGCUUCGUCAUGCUAGUAAGGCCACGCGUGAAAUUGCCGAAGACUUGAGCUUGGAAGAGUCCUUCUGGAAGCGUGAUUCCAUUAUUCGACAUCGCUGGCUCGUCGAGUACUGCCGAAUGACUAGCGUUUUUGACAACUUCGACUAUAGGACGAUGACGGGCCUACAUAUCGCCGCUUCGGUUGGUUUUAGGGAACUUGUCGCAGCGCUCAUCAGGAACGGCUACGAGGACCAGAUCAAAACACACGACUCGUUGGAAAAUACACCAUUGCAUCUAGCGGCUGCGUUUGGGCGCCCGAAGAUUGUCGAGGUGUUGCUCGAUAAGGGUGCGGCGAUCGAUGAUGGGAUUGAAACACAAGUCGAAACAGCUUUGCACAUGGCUGCCUUUGAUGGCCAAGUCGAAGUCAUGAAGAAGCUACUAUUGAGAGGAGCAAAUGCCAACGCGAUAGCUGACGAAAUCGGACCGGUGGUAAAUGCAGCGAUCUCCUCAGGUAACCGAGCAUGUGUUGAACUACUUGUCGAGCGCGGUGUCUCCUUGACGGUGGAUCGAGAUGACCUUCAAGCACCCCUUGCACAUGCCGCAUCCUUGUCUGAUAUAUCCAUGUUUGGGUAUCUCGUCGAGAAAUAUGCGGACAAACUACCUGCUGAAGAGUACAGUAAAGCCUUCGUCAAGGCUGCGGAGGCGGGCCGAGUCGAAGUUUUCAAUAAGCUGCUCGAGUUUCAGCACAGCCAAGAAUACUUUCAAAAGGCUCUCGACGCAGCUGUGGACGACUGGAGUUGGGAUGUUGUCUUAAUUCUCCUGGACAAACGUACCGGACUUAAUUGUGAUGGCGUCUUCUACGAAGCAGCUACAUGCACGGAACCUCAGGAUAAGCUUCUUGAAACGAUAUGGGAGUACACCGGCGGGUCGAUUAGCCGAAGCACGCUCAAUAAUUCUCUUUAUGAUGCUACCGACAGGGAGAAAGAAUCUACAGUAGAGCUGCUUCUGAAAAAGUUUGGGGCGGACCCUAAUGCUACUGGCGAAGAAUAUGGUAAUGCUCUGACUGCGGCCGCAUACGAUGGGACGAUGAACAUCGUCCGAUUACUUCUAGGUGCCGGCGCCGACGUAAAUGCUCCUGAGGGUUGGGCGAUUCAGACAGCUGCUACCGAGGGUCACUACGAUGUCGUUGUGGAGCUUCUCAACCAUGGAGCUGAUGUAAAUGCCUUCACCAAGAACGAGAACUUCGAGGCUGGGACGGCGAUCCAAGGGGCGUGUGAAGGGGGCAAGACAGAGAUAGUCUCCCUACUUCUCGAGCAUGGCGCUGAUCCAAACCUAGGAGGAGGUCCUGAUAGUCCGCCUAUCGCAGCAGCCGCGAUGCGUGCUGAGGAGGAUAUUGUCGAACUCCUAGUCAAGGCAAGAGCUGACCUAGAUGUCAUCGGUCAGUCAGAUCCUUCGGGUACGCCGCUGAUUAGCGCUGCCGCCUAUAUGCCCCAGUCAUCGCUACAGCUGAUGCUCGAUGCCGGAGCUAACAUCAACCUCCCGGAUAACGAUGGAGAUACCGCUCUCAUUGUAGCUGCAACCCGAGGUGAGGAAGAAGCCGUUUCGUUCUUACUUGAUCACGGCGCAGACAUCAUGCAUUCGAAUAAGGACGGAACGAAUGCGCUACAAACUGCGUUCGAAAACGACAAUCGAGAAUGCCUAAAAGUCCUCAUCGACCGCGUCUCUAUUCUGUUCGGAGUUCUCAAACAUUCUAUGGACUCGGGAAACGCCGAGGUCACUAGCGUUGUCAGAAGCGCGUUCAGUAAACCACAAGAGCUUAGUUACGACGAAGAACCUCAGGCAACCCCGAGGGCUGUAGAAAGAGUUGAACCGCCGUCAGAUCAUAGUGUAGAUGAGCAUAACAGUGAGGAGGAGGACGACGACAACGACGACAACGACGACAACGACGACAACGACGACAACGACGACGACGACGGCGACGACGACGAAGAAGAAGAAGAAGACUCCACUACUUCUGAUCAUCAAGAAGAUACUGAGGAGUUGCCCAACGAUGGCCAUGAAGGGACUUUCUUCGACUCUCAUUCGACUGAGGACCAGCCCCGGGAAACUGACACCUUGGAUUUUGCCCAGAUGUCAGAGCAGCUCAAGUCUGCCCUAGCUAGCCAGGCAGCGAUGUGGAAUAAGAUCACGGAGAAGUCGCCUACAGAGGCCUCCGUGGAGACACAAGAAUCAAAUCAUGAGCCAAGCGGUCAAGGACGGAGAGACGACGAUUACCACCACGUAGACCAAACCGGGAGAGAAAACUCCCAGCCAGUUGGGCAAGCUGGAAAGCAAGCAGCCCUCCAAACAGGGAUUGGGCAAUGGACCGAACAAAUUACGCAAGGCUUGAGCGAGCCGGUUUCACUGGCCAUCGAAUUGCCUGCUCAAGACUAUAUCAAGAGGAAGCCUGCACCGAUCGUCUCUUAUGAGGGUAAAUCCCAAUACAGCCAUACACCCUCUCCAAAGCCGUCCGAAUCAUCUGCUGGGCGUUUCCAGGCGCCUCGAGUACCUAUUAGUCAAGAGCAGACCAUUUCCCCUUAUCGGCCAGACGAGUCCACCCCUCAACCUUCCGCAUCAUAUCAAAAUACGCAUUCAUACCAGCAAAGCCAGUCGUCAAUCCCCACAGGCCAGUACCAGAAUUCAUCCAAAUACCAGAGCAGUAGCUCCGGAUAUGGCGGCUCAACUCAAUACCAAUCACAAGCAAGCCAGUAUCCUACCCAGCAAACCACCUUCACCCCUUACAACCCCGACUCGUAUAACCAGUCUCAGAAGCAAUCUAAUCCGGUGGCUGCCUACCAGGGCCAGGCGUACCAACAAGAAGACUGGCAGCAUCAGGGAUACUAUGGGAACACUUCAGGGCAGCAGUACAUGGAGAAUCAGUAUGGAGGAGCCGAUUGGGAGCAGACUCGCCCGCCGCUCAAGCCGCAGCGGUCGUCAUUCUUUUCGGGCGGCGUGAAAAACACCCUUGAUAAGGCGAAGUUCAUGGGGAACGGCAUGUUUGGGAGGAAGUAAGUGGUCAUGGACAGCACAUGGACAUUGUAGGAUAUAUUGGAAAACAGGGGUAGGAGUUUAAUGAUGGAAAAUGUGUAUGAUAUUUAGAAGUGUACGAGAAGGAUUACAUGUAUAGAGAUCUCAAACAUAUAUAUCUGCCACGAGCAUUUCUGCUCACACAUUUCUCACUUUGAUCUGCUACUACAUACCUUACACAGCACCUCUAUGCUAGCUUAGAUGUAUCUCAUCAACUGUUCGCUAA